GCUCAGUUCCGGAUCACUCGUACAAAGGUAUGUCACGAAUAGUGACUCAAUUGAUUUCUCACGCAAUUCAUACGUUUCUGAACGGGUACGGAACAUAGAGAUUGCUGAAUAAUGGCACCCAACAAUGCCCUGCCUGUCUGGGGCAAUGAGAAAACAAUGAACCUGAACACUCUCAUACUGACCAACAUUCAGUCUUCACCAUACUUCAAGGUCAACCUGUUUGAACUGAAGACAUACCAUGAAGUCAUUGAUGAAAUAUACUACAAGGUGAUGCACCUGGAACCCUGGGAGAAGGGCAGUCGGAAGACGGCAGGCCAAACAGGGAUGUGUGGCGGGGUGCGUGGUGUAGGAGCAGGGGGCAUUGUUUCUAGUGCCUAUUGUUUGCUGUACAAACUGUUCACUCUCAAGCUGACCAAGAAACAACUCAUUGGCCUCAUCACCCAUGCUGAUUCUCCCUACAUCCGAGGCCUAGGUUUCAUGUAUAUCAGGUACACUCAGCCUCCGAACGACUUAUGGGAGUGGUAUGAAGACUAUCUAGAUGACGAAGAGGAGAUUGAUGUCAAGGCAGGUGGAGGACACGCAAUCACGAUCGGAGAGCUGUGUCGACAGUACCUGGUGAAGUUGGAGUGGUACUCAACGCUGUUCCCUCGGAUCCCAGUCCCAGUACAGAAGUCCAUCCAGGAGAAGUUGAAGACGCGCCCUGCUCUGCGGCCUGCUGCGGAGGAGCCUGAGUUUAUACCCCAGGACCGGAAUCGUGGGGAGGAAGAUGUGUCCUUCGGAGAGGCUGAACGUGCUGCCAACAGACGAAGUCCUCCAAGGAGACAUAGGUCAAGGUCACCUCGGAGGUCAUCACCUCAUAGAAGAGCCUCACCCCGUCGUUCACCUAGACGGUCACCUCAAAGAAGACACUCCCCUCGCAGAGGUUCCCCAAGGCAAGACCGAGAGAGGGAUCGUGAAAGGAGAGGUCCAAUGGAUGACUUUGCGAGGGAACUGGAGCGAGAAAAGGAACGACAGAGGCGUGAGAAAGAAAAGGAUUACAAAAGGGAAAAGGAGAGGAGAAAGGAAAAAGAGUCCCAUCGAAGCCGAGAUAUUCAAAGUUCACAUGGCAGAGAUCGACGAGAGGAAACAAGAAACAAAGAGAAGAGAAGGUCACACAGUAGAGAACGGCAUGAAAGGUCAAGGAGUCGAGAUAAGCGCAGGUCGCGUAGUCGUGAGAGGCAGGAAAUGUCCCACAGUGAGGACAGAGUGGAGAGAUCUGAACGGCACAAACAUAGGUCAACUGAUGAGCAUAAGGAGAAGAGGAGGUCAAGGUCACGAGAACCAAAGAGGUCAAGGUCAAAAGAGAAGAGUAGGGAUAAGCAUGGCCGAUCUCGUGAAGAUCGGGACAAAGACUCAAAUCGUGAACACAAACGAAAUAGACAUGAUGGUGAAAAUGGCGAGUCUUAGUGCCAUUAAACUCAUUAGACAUCCACUCCUAUAUCUUCUCAAAUGUGCAGCAGUUUGACUGUCCAGUAUAAAUGAAGUUACCUGUUUUAUCCAGCUCAUUGUUGCCUGUUGAGAUGAGACGGAUUAAGUAGAUGGUGGUGAUGAGGUGCUGUAUGUUGCUGCUAUCAUUAUGCUGAUCCAUACAUUCAGUUUUGUACAUAAACACAUCAUUUUUAUCAUUGAAUUCAACAUGUUCAUGUGCCAGAGACAAGGCCACCUGUGAGAUAAACACCUCAUCAAAUGUUAAUGCCAUACAACUUGCUUAUGGCCAGUUAAAUAAUAACAUGAAAUCAAAAAGAUAUUUUAAGUUGGCGACAACAUGACACCAUAUAAUUAUCACAAUAAGAGUUAUUUCGAUUAAAUUAAGUGGAUGAAGAUUGCUGGCGUCUUAGUGAUGGGUUCUGUAUGAGACCACUGCUCUACCAUCUGCAUCUUUACACUUGUCUGCAGCCCGAGCCUAGUAAAGUAUUGAUAGGGCCUAGUCAGUUCAGCUAAUGUACAGAAAUUAACAUGAAAAUAUGCAAAGAUGAAGGACCAGGCCAGUAGACUUUAAAGUUUGGGGCAGAUUGACUCUCUUCGACUUAAAUUCUGUUCACACCUUUGUUAAUCCAAACUCACUCACUGUCCUUCACUCAACAUCACUACCUGGGUUAAACAUGGGAGAUGUAAAAUUAUGUAUCUACCGGCAUAUAUCAGAUAUAUUGAUAGUUUUAGAAAGUGCCCUUUAAGAGGUUCAAUUCAAGCAGGAUGCAUGUCUUUCUGUGUUCAUUAAUGACAUGGCUUCACCUUGUGUGAUUAGAUGAAUUGUAAAAAGUGUUUUCAGAUUCUCAAUUAUAUAAGCAAUUUUUCUUUGAGAAAAUGAACAGAUUUUGUUAUACGAGUGUUUGUAUUGAAAGCAAACUGAUACCCAGGAAGAAUUAGUUCUUGAGAGUCUGUAUGGCCAUAUACAUCUAGCAGGUACCAUUAGAUGUGUAACGAUGCGGUGGAGUCGUGAUACGAUACGAUUCAUAAUAUAAGAAAUGUGCUGCAAUAAUAACAAUGUCAUGAAACUAUUGCAAGUGUGUGCCAUUCACAGUUUGGCAUAACUUGGCUGCUCGUGAAAAUUUCCAAGUGUAGAGUAGUACGUAUUCACCAAUUUUUACACCAAUAUAACUUGUAAUGUAUCGUAUAUAUCACGAUACAGGGUUUGUAAAUCGAUGUAUCGGAGGCCUCAUAUUGGGAUACAACACUGUAGCACCGUAUCGUUACACCACUAGAAACCAUACAUACUAAAGUCCAAUCUCAUUAAAAUCAUAUCUUAGUUCUAGCUACAGCUAAACAAAGAUCUGAGGACAUCCCAUUAAGGGUCACGUCAGACCGAC